AUGUCCGAACCCAAACCAGCUCCAGUCCUUGAUCCGGACCAGGCUGCUGCUGUUGGCGCUACUCCAGCUUCGACUCUUUCUGCAGCACAGCCCACCGAUCCAAAGAUGCCAGCUGCUGAAGACCCCGCCAAACUCAAGGCUACUCACCAAGAGACGCAGGAAGCUGCCAAGUUUGCAAACAAGGAAAACGUCUCUGCUCCUGCUGCAGCACUUGACCAUGAGGCCCAUCUUCACGAGGUUCCCAAGGCCGAGGUCGCACCUAGGCGCGUCACCGAUCUCACAGGUACUCAAAAUCACGUUCCCGCACCUGCGCCUGGCGAUUCCAAGCGACCCAUCGAGCCCGAACUCGAAGACCUGGGCUGGAGCGAAGAGCCCACUGUGCCCAUUCCUGUCUUGCACGGCAUGAAGAAUGAGUCGCUCUGGCUUCUUGUUCGUCGAUUCAACAAGCAGACCUACCGUGUCAAAGCACUUGAAGACGACGCCAAGGUCUCCAAAAGGGACUUUGACAUGUACAUAUCCAACCAGGAGGAGUUUCAGCCCGAUAAGCUCAAGGCUACUUUUGAACGUUUUUACAUCACUGUCGUGGUCGGCACCGUGGCUUUCAUCCAGCACAUUGCUCGUCUUCGUUCCUGGUCCGAGCCUAAGCGUACAGGUGGAUUCAUGGUGGUCUAUAUCGCUGCUUGGGUGUUGGACCUGCUGGUACCCACCUCGUUGAUUCUGAUUCUAGUUCUCAUCCUCUCGCCUCGUGCGAGAACCGUUCUUUUCCCCUCUGCUCCGCUCGCCGCCAUCGAUCCCAAAACAGGACAAGCCAAGGCACCCAAAGCAGGCCAUCUCGGUAGCAAGAGCAGUCUGACAGGUGCUGCUGAAACUUUCGAGGGUGAAGCCGUCGAGCAGGAAGCGUCCAACUUCGUUGGUGCCCUUGGCAGUGUCGCACUGAGCACUGCUGCUGGCAAGUCUUCCAACCAGGGCGCUGAGGCCUUCCGUGACGAAGACGAAGAGGGCUCGGACGACAGCGACGACGAUACUUCUUCCGUCAAGAAAAGCAACUCGACUACCAAGAAGUCCAAAAAAGACGCAGAAGACAAGAUCCCUGACCCAACCAACGUAGCAGCUGUAUCGCACUCUGCACAGAGCAAAGCUGCCGGCGAAAAGGCGGGUCAUCCAGACAAGGGCGAUCACACCAAAAAGCCCACGGAGCAAGCCAUCUUUGCCAGCCUCGCACCCUUCAUGCACAUCCUCAACAACGUUUGCGACGACUACGAGCGAUUUGGCAACGCGCUUUCCCCGACACCACCUUUCUCCCGCUGGGUGCCUCGAUACCGAUUGGCUGGUGCCAUCGUCCCCGUUCUGUUGGCUUCCUUCUUCAUCAACGAGACCAUGAUCUACAAGGGCUCUACUUUCGGUAUGGGUUUCGCGCUGUUCGGGCAACCUCUGAUCGAUCGAGUCAAGUUCCCAGAAGUCAUUGCUUUUCUCGACCGCAAUGUUCCGGACUGGAGAGAGUACCUCGAGUUGCGAUUCAUGUUGCUGCGUGGUGUUCCCACCAAUGCCCAGCUUACCGUUACUUUGCUUAGGAUUGGAGAGGCCAACAAGUCACCCCUUCCUCCUCCCCCGCCUACUGUUGUCUCUCCACCACCCAAGGCAUUGCACGGAUCCGACAUGGCUGAUCACCCCGACCUACCCCCUGAGUAUGCUGAGCAACUCGCGGAAGCACAGGCAGAAGACGUAGCUAGCCUUUCAGAUGGCGAAGACGAAUCAGCCACCGAUCCCAAAACGGGCAAGAAAGGCAGUAAAGUACUUAGCAUCCUCAAAGGCGUCACCAAAGCAGGUGUUGAAACUGCUCUCGGAGUCAAUCGUGUCAAAGCAACCACCAUCCAAUCUAUGCACGCUAAAGCCAAGCUCGGCGUGGUUCAAUCCGAAGCAGCUGCCAAGAAAUACGCAGCCGACGGCCCAGUCAAAUUUCAAGCCCGUUACAAGGGAAAGAAAGGUCACGUGUACAUUCUUACCACCGCCGCCACACCCUCCGUUGCUUUCGAACGAAAGGGCAAUGCAAGCCCAAUCGCUGCCGCUGCAGCUGCUAGCAAGGAAAGCUCAGCAAGUUCGGCUGCAGAAACAGCACAAAGGUUGGUACAGCAAAAAGGCGCGACGUUCACUAUUGCGAUUGAUGAGAUCAAGGAGAUUCACAAGGUGGGAGGUUUGGGCUGGAAGGGGAAGCUCGUUGUGGGUUGGGCGUUGGGUGGGGAAGUUGCGGAUGGCAUUGAGAUUGUGGAUAAGCAGGGUAAGGUGUAUAAGUUGACAGCGAUGGGAAGGAGGGAUGAAGUCUUUAACAGAUUGAUUUCGCUUGGUAAUCAGAAGUGGGAGGCUUUCUAA